UUUAAAGCGCAUAUUUUGAUAGCAUUGGAUAUACAUUCUGCAGCAUCCGCGACGUCAUUGGUGCAUUGCGACACUCACUUCUCUGCGAGAAUCUUUAUCGAUUGUAUACUCGCGAAAGUAUAAAAGUGUAUUUCCAAAUUACGUGUUAUUAAAAUGUAAUCUUAUUUUCUUCUAAAUAUAUUUUUAGCCAGUUAUUUUAAAUUGUUCAAUAUUUUAAUUGUACAAUAAUUUACAAGUCGCACCGCGAUAUCGAGAUUUUCCAAACGGCUUACAGAUAAUGAGCCCUAUUAUAGUCCUUUGUGCGCCACGUCAGGCAGAGACUUAAUUUGUAUCACUCGGCUUCCACAGAAUGUUUAAGUUAAAGAUCUAGAAUCUUUUUUUCACUGCAACAAAUUAUGUCUUUCUUUACCUCCGUUAGUAACAACAGCUUACAUUCGCAUAUCUGCUUGAAAAGACAAGAACUCUCGGUCAGAUGCCGUACGACUAUCGUUCAGUUCGGUCGCAGAUACGCAUCUCCGCGAACGCGGGAAGUUGCCAUCCCGUCGCUUCGUACAUUCUACUUAAAAAAAAUUGCUAGUUUUGUAAAUUCGCAAUUCAUUAUACUACGAUCACUACAUCUGUUUUAUCAUCUCUCGCAUUCUUACGAAAUACAUCAAAUACUUUGCGUUGGAACUCAUUGUACCGACGCGAACAUAAAUAUAUGACAAUCUCGCCGAGUUAUUUAAAACCUCGCGACAUAUUCGCGUAGAUAUAUUUGGUACUCCCAGUUUUAAAUAACCGCUGCGUGAAGCCCUACUCAAUGCAAAUAUCUCGCGUGCGAAGUACUUAUGAAAGUCAAGAUAACAGAAGUUGAAAAACAAUCAGUGUGAUCUGGUGAUUAUCCCGUAAGUUUUUACUGUAUUUCACGAUUAUAAAAGCUAGGCGAAUUCGUAGAAUUAGUAAAUCGGUUACAUAAUGCGUUUUUAAUAUUUCGCGUUUUAUUGUUGAACGCACGUUAUCACAGUUAACGUAAGGUGUUUGAUAAUCUUAAUGAUAAAAGAAAAGCGUACUGUAUCCAUUAAUUUGUAAAUCGAUAAUCCAUUGUAAAUAUAUUAAUUACAUAACGCUGUAUUGUAUAACUAUAACUCUAUUUUUAGCGUGUAGCGUUACAUCGGAUGUGCUUUAUUACACUCAUACGUUUUCAUUAUGCUGAUGCCGCACUUGUUUAAAUGGCACGUAUCUUAAUAGGAUAAUGCCUGGAUCAAUAGACUUGAUAGUGUCUACAGCGUUCAUCGGAGUCACGAUUUGGAUAGCGUACUGGCUAAGGCUCUAUGCGCUAUUUUAUCUUGAUUCCUAUCCCCUCACGAGAACUCUGGUCUUUGAAUUCAUAGCUACGGCAGAACUUUGCGGGGCAUGUUUCGAACUCAUCAUAAUUGCGGACAAUUGGGGAGUAUGGAUGUAUGCGCUUUAUUUGUUUCUACUAACGAUCUGGUGGUCAAUGAACUGGGACGAAGCUUCGGCGUGCCCUUAUACACACAUAGAGGAUGUAGUAAUACGUAAGAAACCCCUGACCGUCGCGUUUCUGUCGAUAUGCGCGGAAUUGGCUGGCGGUCUUCUUAUAUUCAAGUACAUCCAAAUAUUGUGGGCGCUCCAAUUCGCUUCUACGCACAAGAACAGAGCAUACGGCGAUUGCACUACAGAUCUACAGGUGUCUGCUAUUACUGGAGCGCUUGUGGAAUGCGUUGCAACGUGUAUAUGUAGGGUGGCAUCUCGCGCUUUAGGUGACUUGAACCCGAGAUUUAGCACGAUCAUCGACGCUUUCGUGGGGACGUCUUUGGUGGUUGCAGCUUUUAACUACACCGGUGGUUACUUCAAUCCUGCACUGGCGACUUCUUUAAAGUACGGUUGUCUGGGAACCUCUUCUCUGGAGCACGUGAUGGUUUACUGGAUUGGAGCGUGUAUCGGGUCUAUCGUCUCCUUGCGCGUGUAUCGUAUGCCAUUUGUACAAAAAUUCAUUCAACUACAGGAAAGUACAGAUACCGUGUAUUCUUAGAUAAAAUUCUGUAGAAUGUCAAGAGAAUUUAAAUGUUUGUGAUUUUAAUUGUUAAUACUUCCGGCUCUCUUUAAUGACGUACAAAAGUCUAACAACGUACAAAAUUGCGUGCCAAAACAUAGUUUUAUACAUUCCGAUUGUCGUGUAAAUAAUUAUAGAACUGCACGCAGUUCUGAUUACACUUCGGAGAUAUUAUAAAAUGUAUUCUAAAAUUGUUGAGCUGUGUUAAUAAAUAUUUAAAAAAUGUUACAUAAU